AAAUGUCUCAUUCAACAUUCAGACUGUGACAAAGUGGACGGGUAGCAGGAGGUUUGCUAUGAAGCUGUUUCCUGUCCAUUCAAUACUUUGGUCCAGUUUGCUGCUUGUUUUGUUGGCCUCACAAAGUGGGACAGACGCGAGCAACCCAGAUGUCUGUCAGGAUACAAGGUCCUAUGGUUCUUUGGAACGCAACUCCUCAAAGCCAGUGGAUCAUCAUACAGAGAUAGUAAAGAAGAUAGAAGACGUUGUCUGCCGCCUUUACCCAACAAAUAAACUCAACUGCUCAUGGCCAUCCAUUUUACAAGAAGAUAUUCAGCUCUCUGUCUUUAUAAGUAUUUGUGAUGACAAAAAGGCAGUGUUUAACUUCUCCUCUGUGGAUAAAGGAGGGCCAGUGUCUUUGACUCUUUUGGAACAAGAAAUAUCAGAUGUUCUAAUCCUCCAAUUGAACGUAACCCAGCAUGACCGGUGGACAGCUGUCAUACACACAGUUAAAAUGAGCGAGCUAGAGGUCCUGCCUCCACCCACAAAUAUCUCUGCAUCAGUCAGAGAUGGAAGCCUGACGGUGAAAUGGUCUCUGCCCCACAGUCGAGAAACAAAUGACUCUAGUUGCUUUCAAUACGAGCUGGACAUGGGUGACCAGGAAAACCCCAGACAAUUGGAUGGAGAGGAGUCUUAUACAGAGCAGAAUGUAGACCCCAACCUCACUUACAAAGUGAGGAUUAGGGCAAGGAAGGAGGAGGAUUGUCAAGAACAGCCUGAAUGGAGUGACUGGAGUCACACUGUCAUCGUGGAACCGUCAGUUCACAAACUCAACAUCCCGGUCAUCAUCUCAAUUUCACUUGGAAUACCUAUGAUCCUCCUGGCUGUGGUGCUGCUGGUGCGAUAUCAGAGGGUGUCAGAGGUUCUGUUUCCUCCGAUCCCUCGGCCCCCACCAAAGUAUAUAUAUUUCCUGGAAAAAAAUGAAACAUCCAAUCUCUUCCAUACAGCCCCUCCAACUGAACCUAUGGAGGAGAUCACAGAAGUGGAGGACACAGAGGAAAACCAUGAAAAAACACUUUCAAACUGAAGAAAACAUGUUUGGCUUUGGAGCUUUAAAGGGAAACUACAGCCACGUGCUAUUAAAUCUAAAUGUUUUAAUAGAAACAUUGCUGAUAUGUGAGACUUUCGUCUGUUUUUGGCUUAGUGUGCCGAGUGUUCGCAAAUGACAGUUCCUUGACCGCAGUGACAUUUCUGCAGAUGACAUGUUUCAGUAUAUUUUAGGACCUAUACCAAAAGUAUAUCAAAACAUGCUGCAUAUAUUAUAUAAUAGUUUUGCUCCGCUUAGUCAUGGAACUCAAAUGACUUCUGAACUUUUUUGGUUAUUCAUUUAAACGGAAGAGAACGUGUCCAUCACUGAGUUUUGAUGAAACUGCUCUGCUGCCCUGGUUAGCUGGUCUUGAACUUUAGAUCUAUUUAUGAUCUAGUGCUUUUACAACAUGUGUAGACCUUUUUGCAUGUGAAAUAAAGAGUGAUACAAUA